CUUAAAAAAUAGCAGUGCUUGAGAGACUGCACUGUUUUCAUUACAACAGCUACCAGGGCCUCUCUCUCUCUCUCUCUCUCCCCGCUGUCAGAAUCAAACAAAUCCGAGAACACCGUUCCCCUUUUUCUCAGACUCCACUUCUGUUUCUCUCUAGCCAUUUCUCAGUCUCUAACAAGAGCGAACUCAAAAAAGCAGGCCUUACUUUAAUCUGCUUUCAGACAGCACAGGAGAAAAACACCUUUUUCUUCCUUUUUCCUGACAAAUUCAUUGUUGUUCUUCUCCUUGCUUAUCUCUCCAAGGAACCCUCUUUCAACGUUUAUGAAUUCAGAGUAGUUGACUGUCUGAAAAUGGAUAAAGUAUCCCCCGACUGUCCAUAUCCAGGAUGCUUUUUUUGUGUCAUGAAGGAAGGGAAUCCAAGUAAGCGCAGAGCUAGUAUACUGAAAUUCUUCAGAGAACUUCCUUCGCAGGAUGAUGAUGGCCAGGUUCUCCCAAUCAGUGGCCUUUGGAACACUGCCAUGGCACAUCCAAAUGACCCUGAGUUCAUUGAAUUGGGAAUAUUUGAAUGCAUGGUUGCUCUUAUAUGGAAAGGCUUAAAGAAUCGCCGCUGGCUUUCUCAUGAUCAGAACAUAUACAUUCCUUACUAUGCAGCUCAUAUUAUCGGAUCCUACACCAUGAACAUGGAAGAGUUUGCAGAAAGUGCUAUCCAUGCUGGUGUAACUCCUCCCUUAGUUGAGCUCUUGAGGGGGAGGUUGACAUGGGUUGAACAAAGAGUAGCGGUACGGGCACUAGGACACUUGGCCACAUACACCAACACUUUCCCUGCUGUGGCAAGUCAUGGUGAAAUCCUUGAACUCGCCAUCCAACUAGCAAUGAGUUCACUAGAAAUAGUUUACUCACAUUUUUACCAAUACGCUGAUAGAAGGCUUAGUUAUCAUUGCGAUUUGCUUACCCGUGGCAUGGGUGGUGUUGAAAUGGAGUCCAGGAAAGCAGAGGAAUGGGCUAGUCAGUUACAGUGCUGGUCACUUCAACUCAUUAAUUGCUUUGCUUUCAAGCCCGAAUUUCUUCCUACCAUAUGCAAGCCUGAAUUCUUGGUAAAACUGCCAGGCAUGUGGGGUGGGCUUGUUAAUGAAAACUCACCUGCUGGUAUUGGUUUAUUAAGAACAAUCUGUCAUCAUAAGCUUGGUAGGGGACCUGUUGCUAGCUGUCCUGGUAUUAUUGAAGCAUUGUGUAAUAUAGCUAGGUCAUCAGAUGAUUGGCAGUAUAUGGCUAUAGACUGUCUUCUUUGGUUGAUCCAAGAUCCAAGUUCAUGCCAUAAGGUCAUUGAUAAGGCAGUACCUGCACUUGUAGACCUAGCAGAGAUUACAAAUCUGGGCGAUCACAAAAAACUAGGGGACUACAUUGUUAAUGUUCUUCAGGAAUGUUUGCAAUCACAAGGGACAGGGCGCAACCCUAUCAGUAAUCAUGUGAAGGAACUGAUCGAGGAACUAUUGAAUUCCAAACAGAGAUUGAAAUGGGAAAAGAGCAUGCCCAAGGAGGAUCUCCAUAUUAAACAGGCAGCUGCACUGGUGGUCAAGCUUGAAGGAAAUUCCCUAUUCUCAUCAGGAAACAUAGCGGGAGCUGCAUCAAAAUACUCAGAAGCAUUGUCAUUGUGUCCAAUGAGAUCCAAAAAAGAGAGAGUUGUUCUGUACAGUAAUCGAGCUCAGUGUCAUCUUCUGUUGCAACAGCCAUUGGCAGCAAUAAGUGAUGCUACACGUGCACUCUGUCUCCACAGCCCUCUUAACCGACAUGCCAAAAGCCUUUGGAGAAGAGCUCAAGCUUAUGACAUGCUUGACUUGGCAAAAGAGAGCUUGUUAGAUGCCAUUUUGUUCAUUAAUGAAUGCUCUCAGUCAAAUGAUCCUGACCUCUCUUUGAGGCAGAACAAAGUUCCUGACUAUGCUGAGCGACUAGUCAAAAAGCAGAUGCGUGCAGCCUGGUUAUUUAGAGAGGCAGCCAUCAAACAUGGGGGUGUCCAUGGUGAGGGAGAUGCUGGUGACGUCUAUGGCCAGGAAAGUGAUGGUUCAGAAUGGGAAACAGCGAGUGAAAGUGACAUAGGAAACGAUGGAAGGGCUGAAAUGGGUGACGACGAUGACGACGAUAGUGAAUGGAAGAACGAGGAUAAGAGGAAAGAUAAAUAUGAUAAAGUAACAUUAAAAGAUUUAAAGCAUGGGUACAAUGUGCAUCUUGCGGAAGAUCAAUCUUGAAUCCGGGCCAGCUGGUGAUCGCUCAAAUGUUGACAUAAAUUCAAGCAACGAUGGAGAGGCACCAUGAAAAUAGGUCAGCACGAGUCAUUCAAAACUACCAACAAAUCCUGUAUGGUUUCAUGAGAAGCAAGUACGAUAGAAACAUGUGAUUGGCUAUGGUGUCCGUAAGCAAACUUGUUCCCCAAGUUUUGUUCAUUUCUUUAAUUUUUGUUCCCAGAUUCUUGUUGAUUUCACUGUAGAAAUUGAACGAAAAAAAGGUUUUGAUUGUAGAGUACAAUUUUAGUCUAGAGAAUGCGAAGCUUUUGAGUGAUUUAUGGAGGCUUGUGUAUAUAAACCAUCUGCAACUCUCAAUUCUUUUCUCUCGAGUGAUCAUUACAUAUAUUUACUAUGCAUUUUGGUGUCUUA